CUCCUGCACGGACCAGUCCCCCAGCGGGGUUGUUGUGGAGACCGAGCCAGCUUUGUGGAUGCCGAGGCGCGCUGAGGCCCGGCCUUCUGUUUGUCUGCAGAGGGGAUUCAUAAGACUGACGCCAAGAUGAUGCUUUCAAGGGCCAAACCUGCUGUAGGCAGGGACCUACCGCAUACUGACAAAAGAAAGAAGAAAGGUAGGAAGAUUCCAAAACUAGAGGAGCUACUUUCACAAAGAGAUUUCACUGGAGCUAUUACCCUGUUGGAGUUCAAACGUCAUGUUGGGGAACAAGAAGAGGACACUAAUUUGUGGAUUGGAUACUGUGCUUUUCAUCUGGGUGACUACAAGAGAGCUUUGGAGGAAUAUGAAAAUGCAACGAAAGAGGAAAAUUGCAAUCCUGAAGUCUGGGUGAACCUAGCCUGUACCUACUUUUUUCUUGGAAUGUAUAAACAAGCCGAAGCAGCUGGAUUUAAAGCUCCAAAAAGCCGACUUCAAAACCGCCUCCUCUUCCACUUGGCUCACAAGUUUAAUGAUGAGAAGAAAUUGAUGAACUUUCAUCAGAAUCUUCAGGAUAUCACAGAAGAUCAACUCAGUUUGGCCUCAAUCCACUAUAUGCGAUCUCACUACCAAGAAGCUAUUGAUAUUUAUAAGCGAAUACUGCUAGAUAACAGGGAGUACCUUGCCCUCAAUGUUUAUGUGGCCCUGUGUUACUACAAGCUGGAUUACUAUGAUGUGUCUCAAGAAGUUCUGGCUGUUUAUCUUCAGCAAAUUCCUGAUAGUACCAUCGCACUCAAUCUUAAGGCCUGUAAUCAUUUUCGCCUUUACAAUGGCAAAGCUGCUGAGGCAGAACUCAAAAGCUUGAUGGACAACGCUUCUUCUUCCUUUGAAUUUGCUAAAGAGCUCAUCAGGCACAAUCUGGUUGUUUUCCGAGGAGGUGAAGGGGCUUUGCAGGUUUUGCCUCCCCUGGUUGAUGUCAUUCCUGAAGCUAGGCUAAACUUAGUGAUUUACUACCUUCGUCAAGAUGAUGUACAAGAAGCUUAUAACUUAAUUAAGGAUCUGGAACCUACUACUCCUCAGGAGUAUAUCCUCAAAGGAGUGGUCAAUGCAGCCCUUGGCCAGGAAAUGGGUUCGAAGGAUCAUAUGAAAAUUGCCCAGCAGUUCUUCCAGUUGGUGGGAGGAUCAGCUAGUGAAUGUGAUACAAUACCAGGGAGGCAGUGCAUGGCUUCCUGUUUCUUCCUGCUUAAGCAAUUUGAUGAUGUCUUGAUUUACCUCAACUCGUUUAAGAGUUACUUCUAUAAUGAUGACAUCUUUAACUUUAAUUAUGCCCAAGCCAAAGCUGCAACUGGCAAUACCAGCGAGGGUGAAGAGAUUUUCCUUUUAAUCCAAAGUGAGAAGAUGAAAAAUGACUACAUUUACCUCAGUUGGCUAGCUCGGUGCUACAUUAUGAAUAAGAAACCAAGACUAGCCUGGGAACUUUAUCUCAAGAUGGAAACCUCUGGCGAGUCCUUUAGCCUCUUACAGCUCAUUGCUAAUGACUGCUACAAGAUGGGCCAGUUUUACUAUUCAGCCAAAGCAUUUGAUGUCUUAGAGAGGCUGGAUCCCAACCCUGAAUAUUGGGAAGGCAAGAGGGGGGCCUGUGUAGGCAUAUUCCAGAUGAUCUUAGCUGGGAGAGAACCCAAAGAGACCCUUCGAGAAGUGCUCCAUUUACUGAGAAGCACGGGUAACACCCAAGUAGAGUAUAUCAUCCGGAUCAUGAAGAAAUGGGCCAAAGAAAACAGAGUGCCUGUCUAAACUAGCUCCGGAGUCCUAAGGAGCCAGUCACCACGUUGACAUAAAAUUGGAAAUCAUUCUCCUCAAGUUUACGUAAGAUGCGGGGCUCUGUUUUACUGACACUUCCUUCCUUGCUCUUCGAGCCUCAAGAUCAGUGACUGGCUUGCUUAGACCGAGCCUCCUGGCUGAACUAAGAGCCAUAAUUUGUGCUGUGGCUCCUGUAUGAUCCGACGACCAAUAAGACUUUGGACUUGUCUGGUGCCUUUCUUCUAAAACUACUCAGAGUCCUCUUAUGUGAUUUACUGACUUGAAGGAGAAUGGCAUAACUUUUUUUACAUAUUAGCAUUCCAUGGCAUUUUCUCCAAGCUGCAAUAAAAAAUGCCUUUAAUGCUCAAAGGUCA